AUGUCAGCCGAGAAGCGACCUGCGUCCGAUGACCCCGGCGCGGGGCAGAUGAUCGUGAAGCGACAGAAUGUCGGCUCAUCCGCAGGAGCUCUAGCGAGGCUCAAUGCUUCGGGGAACAGCAGUGCGUUGGUUCAAGCGGCUCCCCGAACUAGCGGCCUCCAGGCUCCAGUAAUGGAGCUGUCUGGCCACUCAGGCGAGAUCUUCGCGGCCAAGUUUGACCCGACGGGCAACUUCAUCGCGUCUGGUUCCAUGGACAGGAGCAUUUUGCUCUGGAGAACGUACGGCGAUUGCGAGAACUACGGCAUACUCAAUGGCCACCGAGGAGCAGUGCUUGACCUUCAAUGGUCACGAGAUUCGAAGAUUCUGUUUUCCGCCUCGGCCGACACGCACCUGGCCAGUUGGGACCUCGACAACGGCACGAGAAUACGUAGAUACGUCGGGCACGAGGAGAUCGUCAACUGCAUGGACAUCAGUCGCCGGGGCGAAGAGCUCCUCGUCAGUGGCAGUGAUGACGGGUCCAUAGGGCUCUGGGAUCCAAGGACGAAGCACGCCGCGGACUACAUUCAGACCGACUUCCCCGUCACGGCGGUGGCCAUGUCGGAAGCGGGAAAUGAGGCUUACUCGGGCGGUAUCGACAACGACAUCAAAGUGUGGGAUUUGCGCAAGAAGGCUGUGGUAUACUCCAUGCUCGGACAUCAGGACACCGUGACGUCUUUGCGGGUGUCGCCAGACGCACAGUCCCUGCUUUCAUACUCCAUGGAUUCGACGGCUCGCACAUGGGAUAUCCGUCCGUUUGCUCCAACGGAGCGGCAAAUUCGGACAUUCGACGGGGCGUCUAUGGGACUAGAGAAGAACCUUAUCCGUGCAAGCUGGGACGCGGCUGGCAAGAGCAUCGCUGUAGGCUCAGGAGACGGCACAGUCACUGUGUGGUCGAGUGAUACCGGCAAGCUCAUGUAUAAGCUUCCGGGCCACAAGGGCACUGUCAACUGUGCCGAGUUUGCCCCCGGUAAUGAACCAAUACUUUUAUCCGCCUCGUCUGAUCGCAACAUGUUGCUUGGAGAGCUACGGUGA